ACCACCUUCUCUUCCCUCAAAACUCCAACGUCUCUCUCUCCUUCUUCUUCGAAACACUACUCCAGAUCCAGAGGGCAUUCAUGGAGAGCAUCACUCUCAUCGACGUCUCCUCCGAGAACGAUCUCCUCAUCUCAUCCCCAUCUCAAGGUUUGUUGACAAAUAUUGAGGGGCCUGGUUACUCGCAUUCGGGGAGUGACAAAUUGAAAGCUAGUGCCAAUUCUAGGGAAAUGAGUGAAGAAAAACUGCAAGUCCCCGAGUUAUCAGCUUCUCCCAAGCAGAAGCGAGGAUCAUCUAAGUGUAAUUUGCGUAAAAGCCUAGCAUGGGACACUGCAUUUUUUACAAAUGAAGGAGUGCUGAAUCAUGAGGAGUUGGCAAUUGUUAAUAGCACUUUUAAGAAGGCUGAAGCAGAUAAACUACCUAGUAUUCAAGAAGAUUCAAGAAACUCGAUGGACUCGAGCACUACAUUAGAGAGUGAUGUUUGGGAAUUAGAAAACCUUGAAGUAGAUUUAUUUGAGAAUGUGCGUGCUUCCAUUCAGAGGUCUGUGGGUAAACUUGGUAAACCUUCGAGUGUAUUACCCUCAACCAAGCCUACUUAUCUUGGAAAGCUAGCUACAUCACAGCAUCAGUCAUCAAACAUGGCUGAAAUUUCUUCUCGUCUUAAGAUGAAGCCACCUACUGCUUGUAAAAGAAUAGUUAACAGUAAGCAAGCAGCAGCUAAUACUACUAAAGUUACUCUCUGUCCCAUGCAAGUGGUUACUGCUGGGCAAAAAGACAUGAAGCCAUCAAUAAGGCCACCUAGAAGUGCAUCCAGAGCCACAACUGUGCCAACACCACCCAACAAGAAGGUUUCUACAUCUGUAGUCACACAAAUGGAAAGUAACAACAUCAAAAGUCUACCUGGGAAAAUUCUUAAUCAGCAAACUCUUGUAGCAAAGAAAAUUGCUGGAGAUUCAUGCAGCACUAGUUUCUCUGGCUCACUAGGCAAAUCUCCCAUGAAGACCACAAGAAAAAAAGGAAAUAUUCCUGACUGUUUAUCCAGCACAACUCCCAAAUCUCCUUUGAAAACAUCUAGGACUAAAAUUGAGUCCAGGAAUGCUAUUAAACCUCCAGCAAUGCCAAAGUCCAGACUCAGGGUUUCUUCUAGUGUAUCUCCCCAAAGUUCUGUGGAUAGUUGGACUUCAGAAUCUUCUUUAGCAGCCUCCACAUUUAUCAAACACAGUCACUCAUCCGGAAGUCCUGAUGCUGAUUCUUCAUCUUCUUCAUCACCUUCCUUUAAAGUCACUUUUGAUAUUGAUGCGAUGCAGCCACAAGAGCUGGGAAAGCCACCAAUUGAUAAGCCUUAUAUUACAAAAGAAAUUACUGGAACAAUUCCACAAAGCCAAAUUACUACUGAACAGCCUACCAGAACACAAGUGUCAGUCAAAUCCUUCAUUGGAGAUAACUCUACAAGAAACAUCAGGCGUAGCUCUGAAGUGAAUAAUGCCAAACCGUCUGGGCUUCGGCUGCCUACUCCGAAGAUCGGAUACUUUGAUCCUGGGCAAUCUCUUUUACAAAAUCCCAGUAGAUAUUCACUUAAUGCCACAAGAAAAUACUUGCCGAAGAACACCUCUGUGGACAGCAAUACCAUCGGGGCAAGAAAGCUAGACUCUGGGAUGUGUGACCCGACUGGAAAAGAUUCAAAACCAAGCAAUCAAACUAACAAAGAGGAUGCAUGUUUGAAGGAUUCAAUUUUGUUCAAAGAAGCUAGCAUGGAAAAUGAUCUGUGUUCAUCUCUGAGAAGCUCAGGGAAGGAAAAUUUUUCAUAUCAAGAUCAAGAUGUCGUUAAGGUAAAAUCAGAACUCUUAGAACAAAAGCUCUCUUCUCUUAGCCUUUUUGAUGAGAAAGAUUUGAAUUUGAAUUUGGAUUUAGUGUCAUCUUCCACAUAGACAACCAUAUAUUACUUUUGUUGAGGGGCUGUUAAAAAUACUGGGUCUGCUUGUUUUUUGCACAUUGAGUUUUACAUUGUGUAAGAAUUCUGCAGAGAAGAAUAGUUGAGUCCUUGGAAUGUAGCUAUACAGAUAUGUCAGAUAAUAAGAAUUCCUAGUGCCUGGAAGCAAUUGGCGAAAAUAAGAAGUCUUAGUAAAUGAUAAGCAAGAUUGAUUGACAUGUUUACAAGAACAAUAUCAGGUUUCUCUUUUUUUAAAUUUUUUUUGUGGAACAGUAUUUGUGGUAAACAAGGCAAGAAUGAUUUGGCCGUA